AUGCAAUACUUCUCCUUCCUCUCUCUCUCUCUCUCCCUCCUACUUGCCUCCCAGCACGUUGUCGCCAUCUGUCCUGGCUUCAAUUACGGGGUCGGUAACGCCCAGGACCAGGGCAAGCUCGGCAACUCAGAGGUCACUCGAUGGAACGUCUAUGACGAUGGCUGCAACGUCGUUGACAGUCUCACGACGACGACGAACCCGUGCGAGUCCGGAACGUUCUCGUGCACCGGUUCGCCGAUCACAUUCAACGGGUAUACGAACACGUUCAAUGGCCAGCACUACGCAUGUCGCCCUGAUGCGAACUCGGGAAGCUGUGGAGGCGAUGUUAUCUCUAUUUGUUGCCGCAAUGACGGGAACUAA